CGGGACUAUCAGCGGUCCGCAAUCUUCUCCUCAGCGGGAAUGGAUAUUGGGUCUUUCCUCUCCUUUUACCCUUGAAUGGACCAAGAAUUAGAGAGGUCUGCUCGAUUUAUGCUUCUGUUUGUUUUGAGCUCCUUUUCAAGUUCGUUUUCUUGCUAGCGUUCGACUCCAAACUUGUGGGAAUGAUGGACAAGGACGGGCUGGUUGUGGUGCUAGUUUUCUUAAACGUGUUUUUGAUUCACUCGGAUGCGUUCAAAAGAGAUACCGCGGAGAGACAUUCGAGAUCUGAGGGGGGUUUCUGUCGGAUAUUGCGGACGCAGGCGCGGAGCGCUCGGCGAGACGGACAGAACGAGUUUCGCCUCAAAGUUGAAGGAGAGCCAGAAACUUACCAACCCGGGAGCACCUACAGAGUGAGUUUGUAUGCCUCCAGCCCAUCAUACUUUCGUGGUUUUACCCUCAUUGCUCUGAAGGAAGGAAGGGAGGGCGUGAGUCCUGACGAUUAUGCUGGCACUUUCAAGCUCAUUGAUGAAAGCGACACACAGUUCAUGACCAACUGUCCUCCAGCCGUCACAGAGAGCAUUCCCAGGAGACGCACGCGGAUACAGGUGUUUUGGACAGCACCACCUUCUGGCAGCGGCUGCGUCACUCUCAAGGCCAGUGUUGUGCAGCGAAGAAUCAUUUUCUUCCAAGACGAGGGCUCGCUUACCAAAAGAUUGUGCGAGAAAGAUCCUGUUGCGAUUACUGAAAAACCUGCUCAAGAGUGUUGUGCUUGUGGAACAGCCAAGUAUAGAGUGACUUUCUAUGGAAACUGGUCGGAGAAGCUCCAUCCCAAAGAUUACCCAAGACGUGCUAAUCAUUGGUCGGCUCUCAUUGGCGCGUCUCACACUAGAAGUUAUGUGUUAUGGGAAUAUGGAGGAUUUGCCAGUGAAGGAGUCAAGCAGGUGGCCGAGUAUGGAUCACCCGUCAAAAUGGAGGAGGAGAUCCGACAAAAGGGUGAUGAUGUUAUGACAGUUAUCAAAACCAAAGCCCAGUGGCCCGCCUGGCAGCCUCUUAAUAUUCGCGCCGCCCCAUCAGCUGAGUUUUCGGUGGAUCGAGUCCGACACCUGAUGUCCUUUUUGACCAUGCUGGGCCCCAGUCCUGACUGGAACGUGGGUUUGUCUGGAGAAGAUCUCUGCACCAGGGAUUGUGGCUGGGUCCAAAAACUGGUGAAGGAUCUGGUCCCUUGGGAUGCUGGGACUGAUAGCGGUGUCUCUUAUGAGUCUCCCAAUAAACCCAGCAUUCCACAGGAGCGCAUUCGACCCCUGACCAGCUUGGAUCACCCACAAAGCCCUUUUUAUGACCCAUCAGGUGGUCCCAUGACACCACUCGGCCGAGUGGUGGUGGAGAGAAUUGCAAGAAAGGGAGAGCAGUGCAAUACCGUGCCCGACACGAUAGACGAUAUCGUCGCUGAUAUUGCUCAGGAGGAGAAGGAGGAAGGAGAUAACACUCCAGAGACGUGCAUUUACUCCAACUGGUCUCCGUGGUCGGCCUGCAGCUCCUCCACCUGUGAUAAGGGGCGGAGGAUGAGGCAGAGGAUGCUAAAAGCGCAGCUGGACCCCAACCUGCCAUGUCUGCACACCCAAGACUUUGAGCCCUGUAUGGGGCCGGGCUGCAGCGAGGAGGAGGCCUCUACUUGUAUGAUGUCUGAGUGGAUCAGCUGGUCACCCUGCAGCGCUUCAUGCGGGAUGGGCAUGAGGUCCAGAGAGAGGUACGUCAAGCAGUUCCCAGAGGACGGAUCCAGCUGCACACUGCCAACAGAGGAGACAGAGAAGUGUGUGGUCAAUGACGACUGCUCACCCAGUAGCUGUGUGGUGACGGAGUGGGGCGAGUGGGAGCCCUGUAGUGUAAGCUGUGGUUUGGGCAUGAGGAGGAGAGAACGCAUGAUGAAGAUGGACGCCUCGGACGGUUCGCCCUGUCGAGUGCAGAUGGCAGAGGCAGAGAAGUGCAUGAUGCCCGAGUGCAAUGCGGUGGUGUGUAUGCUGUCGCCAUGGUCAGACUGGGGUGAGUGCAGUGUGUCCUGCGGUGUGGGCAUGAGAACCCGUCAGCGCAUGCUAAAGACACCCGUUAAGCCCGGCCAGUGUCCAGAUGAGCUGGAGCAGGUGGAGAAGUGCAUGCUUCCCGAAUGCCCUACAGACUGCAUGCUGUCAGAGUGGUCAGCCUGGUCCGAGUGCAACAAGUCCUGUGGGAAGGGGCACAUGAUCCGCUCUCGCAUGGUCAAGCUGGAGCCUCAGUUUGGAGGUCUGCCCUGUCCUGAGACGGUCCAGAGGAAGAAAUGCAAGAUCCGCAAGUGCUCGAGAGGCUCCCGGGCCAGCGAGAAGAGGAAGAGACAGGAGGUUUCAGACAGGAGGAGAGCCAAGCAGAGCCGGGAGUCUGUGGCAGAGGAGAGCACAGGUCCAAU